GCAAUGUUUUAGUUUCAGUUUUAGUUGCAGUUCAGGUGAUGAGAUCUUUGUGGCUUGUAUGCGGGUUCUUGGCAUUGCUUCCUCUUAAAGCAAUAACUGAUGAGGAUGCAGACGCAGUGAUCGAGAAAUGUGAAAUGCGAGUCAUGGUAUUUGAAGGAUAUCAACGCACAAUGUGUGCUCCACUUCAAGAGGUGUGGGUACUGUCAAAGGGUGUAUGCCGCAAAGGAUUCACAUGUGCCGAGGGCUAUAGUGAACGGGAAUGUAAAGAAAAGUGCCUGAAGAAACGAAGCAGCAAUGACUAAAACUGGUCUCAGCCUUAGUUCGGAGCGAACCCAAAGAACUGGAACCAGAACUAAGCCGUUUCCAUGACUUUUUAUAUAUGUAAUUGUAUUCUUAUAUUAAACUAAAUCUAAUUAAU